AUGAGCCCGGGAGAAGGGUGCGGCCCCAGCCCUGCCCACUGAGGCCCCAUGGCCCAGCCCAGCGUGAGAGUGCGGCCCGCGCUCCUGAAGCGGAACAGCCUGGAGUCCGUGGAGCUUGUGAGGCACCCGCACCACCGCCGGAGCAAGUCGCAGCAGGUGCGCUUCAAGGACGAUGGGGCCGGUAAGACCCCACCGGGCCUCGCUGAGGUUGACGUCCAUGCUCCCGAAGACCCGGCUGUCGUGGGCCAGACGCACGCACCCAGACACCAUCACCUCCCCACCUACUCUCUCUCCUUCCCCCGGUCCCAGAAGGCGGGGGGCUGUCGGCACAUCGCAAUCCAAACCUCCCCCAGUCUCAGGAAGCAUUUCCCGAUUUUCAAGAGGAAGAGACUCACGGCCAGUAAGUCCCUGGUGGAAAUGCCAACGGCAUCCCCGAGUGCCGUCCAGGUCAAUGGCAACCUCUCUGAGCAGGACAUUGUGUCUGCUGACCUUGCCUACCUACGGCUGGCUCAGCAUCUGGAGGACGGGCCGCGAAGGGUCAAGGUGUCGCACCCGUUUCUCCCUAGAAUGGCCAAGGUGCAGAGCAAUGGGCCUGUCAGCAUCUGCUUAGAAGCAGGGACGUGGAGAGCUUCAGAGAAAGCAACAGCUGCCAUUCAGGUGCCAGAUGACAUUUUCCACAGUCCGACCUGGGCAGCUAGAGAGCCCUCUUUCAGGUCUGCAGAGAUAAGCAACCCCAUCCCCCCUGUGGCUGACCUGUGUCCAGGUGAUGGGAGAAGAAUGUUGCCAUCGGAUUCGGAAAGAUCCCCCUCCUGCUUAAACACCACCAGCGGUGCCAACCACAUGCCAGGCACAGGGAAACUUAAACGCGAAUUGCUUUUGCCCAAAGACAACUCUGAUGACAAAGACUUGGGCCCACCGUCUUUUCGGUCAAAGGACACGUGUGUCCCCUCACCUCCACGGACUCACAGCUCUCCCUCCCCAGGCGCCCCCAGCCAGCCAGCCCAGCCAGGAGGGGCUGCAGACUGUUCUCCAUCGAGUAACAAUCACCGGGGUCUGCCGUCACUCAGACCCAGCAGCGCAUCAAAGUCUGCGCCCCCGUGUCAGGAGCAGACAGGGCAGAACCCCACCCAGUCAGACACCCCGGAGUUUCGAAAUUGUCCAGCGAACUAUCGCCUCCCAUCCUCUCUUCCAAGGAGGGAGACCAAACUUCAGAGCAACAGGGAGGUUGGUGGGAUUAAUCAAAUCCACCUGGCCCGGGGCGAACUCUGUGACCUCCAAGGCAGGCUGCAAUCCGUGGAGGAAUCUCUGCACUCGAACCAAGAGAAAAUUAAAGUCCUUUUGAAUGUAAUUCAAGACUUGGAGAAAGCUAGGGCUCUCACAGAAGGGCGCAACUUUUAUCGAACUGGCCAAGAUCUCAACAACUGCAGCACCUGCCAGAACACGGCGUGCAUCAUAUACAGUGUAGAAUAUGAUUUCCGGCAGCAGGAAGGCAGGUUCCACGAGGUUCUACAGAGUCUGGAGGAAGCAGAACCAGCCGAGGAGCCAUCUCCCCCGCCAACGUCCACGGCAGAACCCCCCGUUCCUGAGAAACAGGACUUAAGGCGGAAAACCAAGAAGGUGAAGAAGAAAUGCUUCUGGUGGAUCUGA